AUGACAUCACUCAAGAAGAAGAGUAGGAGGAAGCCUUCUUCCCAGGCCCUGGGGAAUAUUGUUGGCUGCAGAAUUUCUCACGGGUGGAAGGAAGGUAAUGAGCCUGUCACCCAUUGGAAGGCCAUCAUUCUAGGUCAACUGCCAACAAACCCUUCUCUUUAUUUGGUGAAGUAUGACGGAAUUGACAGUGUCUACGGACAGGAGCUCCACAGCGAUGAGAGGAUUUUAAAUCUUAAGGUCUUGCCUCACAAAGUAGUUUUUCUUCAGGUGAGGGAUGUCCACCUCGCCAGCGCCCUGGUUUGCAGAGAGGUACAACACAAAUUUGAGGGGAAAGAUGGCUCUGAGGACAACUGGAGUGGGAUGGUGCUAGCCCAGGUGCCAUUCUUACAGGACUAUUUUUACAUUUCCUACAAGAAGGAUCCGGUCCUCUACGUCUAUCAGCUCCUGGAUGACUACAAGGAAGGUAACCUCCACAUCAUUCCAGAGACCCCUCUGGCUGAGGCGAGAUCAGGUGAUGACAAUGACUUCUUAAUAGGUUCCUGGGUGCAGUACACCAGAGAUGAUGGAUCCAAAAAGUUCGGAAAGGUUGUUUACAAAGUUCUAGCCAAUUCUACUGUGUACUUUAUCAAAUUUCUUGGUGACCUACAUAUCUAUGUCUAUACUCUGGUGUCAAAUAUCACUUAA